GUUUGUACUUUUUGUCACGUCUUGUGUGGGUCGCACACUUUCGAAAGCCCUCUAUCGAUGAUUUUGGUUGCCUGUUAAAGAGAAAAUGGCGUAGCGUAAACAAUAAUUGUUGGACAAAGGUCAUCAAGUAAAUUUGUCCAGGUUCUCAGGAAAAAUGCAACGGAAGUAACUCCCAAUAUGAGUAGUCCAAUUUCAAAGAGACUCGAUCCUUUGGAGGAGGUACCCAAGAAGACAAAGAAAAAAGAUGCGAGUCAAAAAGAAUCGAAAGAGCAGCGGCAGCUGCGACACAGGAAAGAAAACAUGCAACGAUACACGAGAAAAGCGGCUGUGAAAAAGAAAGUCUUUACGCCAAAGCAUGUCAUCACAGUUGAUACAUCAAAAGCCAAGUAUAACCAGGACAUUGUGCGCUUAUGUGUAAAGGAACUUGGGUGGAAAGAGUAUCCAUAUGGAAAAAAGGAUGGCAGCUGUGACAUCUACUGGCAUUGUAAUGGGUUCAAUGACACCGACGUCAUCUCUGGCAGAGUUAACAAGUUUCCAGGAAUGGAUGAGCUGUCUAAGAAGAUUGAACUGACCCGGGCAAUGGAAACAAUGCAAUUCUUAUUCCCAGAUGACUACACUUUCUACCCCAGAACAUGGCUACUCCCCCAACAGCUCACAGAGUUUGCCGCAGAAGUGAACUUGAAACGGAGAAGACACCCCAAACUGAAAACCACAUACAUUGUCAAACCAGAUGGAGGCUCACAGGGGGAUGGCAUCUACUUGAUUCGUGAUCCCAAUGAUUAUAUGCUGACACAUAAAUCACAUGUUGUACAGGAAUAUAUAGACAGACCAUUCCUGCUGGAGAAGUACAAAUUUGACUUGAGGAUAUAUGUAAUGCUGCUAAGUUUAGAACCUUUGGAGAUUUACAUCAGCAAGGAAGGGAUGGCACGGUUCUGUACAGUGCCCUAUGAGGCACCCAAGGUUAAAAACUUACACGAAGCCUACAUGCACCUGACUAAUUAUUCCUUAAACAAACACAGCACCACAUAUGUGCAUACAGAAAACCAGCACGACGGGAGCAAGAGGACGCUGAGUAGCGUGUGGAGUAAACUGGAUAGCAUGGGGCAUGACAGUGAUCAGAUAUGGAAAGAGAUUGAGCUGGUGGCUCUGAAGACUGUCUUUGCACUUGCCCCAGAGCUGAGAGUGGAGUACAAGGCGGAGAUUCCUGAGGAGAAAUCAGGACCUGGGUGCUUCCAGAUCUUGGGGCUAGACAUCUUGCUGACAGAGGACCUGCAGCCCAUACUACUGGAGGUGAACUCCAGCCCCAGUCUUAGGACAGACUAUGAGAAGGAGGUGGCCCCAGGGGUGGUGGAGUACAUCCACAGCCCAGUGGACCUCGAUAUCAAGAAACCAGUCAUCAUGGAGACCCUGCUCCUAGUGGCACCAAAGAAGAAACUUCAGAUGAAACAGAGGAGAUCAAACAGAUCAUGUAAGAAGAAGCAGGUAGAUAGUCUGUGUGUUCCUGUUCAAGAUUCCAUCAGCCAGAGCCCCCCUGUCACUCCUCUCUCCUGCAGAUAUCUGCAGCGGGACUACACUGGAUAUGAGGAAGAAGAUGAAGAAGACCACCACUCAGACCCUUCCUCUGGUACUGAGUCAGACUCCCCAACUCCCUCUCACUCAUACCCUGGGGUUCACAGCCCUGAUGAGAAAGUGCUGUACCAGCUGUACCCUGGCAGAUACAGUGGUGUGUAUGAUGACCUCAGGGUGCUAGAGAGGACAGCGGAUAUCUUCCUGAAGUGUCUCGGGGUGCGCAGCUCACUGAGGAUGGGACCUACAGGGUUUAGAAUGUUUACUAGGAAAUGUCGCUUGACUACCAAUGGUUUGAGUAACGCUGCAGUUGAUAUCAUGUUUAUAGAGCUGCACAGAAAGUGGGAAUUCCUGAACCCAGAUAGAACUACAGAAGCAAAGAAGCUAGCUCAGUUGGACUUUCGCCCAAGAGAGUGUCUGUGCUUUCAAGGCUUCCUAGAGGCAGUGUUCACUAUUGCCAAACGCAAGUUCCGAGGGCUGAGCAGACUGGAUGGUGUUGCAGCACUCAUAGACUACUGUGAGGCAAAUUUAAACUUUGGGAGACACGCUCGCCCGACCUAUCUCCCUAAAGUGAUGAUGGCAGAGGCCGAGGACAGGCUGCAGCAGAUGUCAAUUUCGAAGCCGUCUAAGUACACUCGGUUGACCCAGUCAGAUCACUUCAUUGAAUUCAUCCGGCAACGGAACAAGAAAAAAGCAGAACAGGAGGAUAACCUAAAGAGUGAUGGCUAAUGUAUUCAGAUGGAGUCUUAUAAUUGCUCAAAUCAAACUUGUCCAAUAAUAUUAAAUCAAACUUUAGGAUAUUUUACUACAGAUGUGAAAUAAGGUCAACCAUAAUUGGUACAGCAAUUGUAUACAUUGAGUACUAAGGUGUUUUAAGUUAUGGUUUAUUGAUUUCCAUGAGAAAAAAGUUUUACCAGAAGUAAGAGUUUAAACUUUUAAUUACUUUUCAAAAAAAGGGUGAAGGUGCAAUUGGUUAUAAGUAUUUUCAAAAGUUUUAUACAUCAGCAUGUAUUUAGAAAGCUAAAAAGCAGGCAGCACUGAAGUGGUCUAAUGGCAUAUUUUAUACACUACAGAGGAAGGUGUACAGUAUGCAAUAUUGUCAAAAACUGGCUUAGAUAAAGAGCUGAUUGUUAACUAGAAAGCUGUGUUGGUGUAGUUUAGUAAUAUCUUAGAGUUAGAUUAAGAUUAACAGUAAGGACAAAGGUCUGUUGUCACUUGUUAGUUAAGUGAAACCCUUAUUGAAAAAAAAACAUUUGAAAAUAACAUUUUUAUAAUAGCACUGAAAUAAUGUUUAUUUUUUAGUCAUUCUAACUGAAUUUAGAAAUUUUAUCUUGGAUUUAAAAAUUAUUAUUAUAAUUAUUAUUAGAAUUAUUAUUAUUUUUACGCAACCUGAUAUGUACUCAAUAUGUGCUGUAUAUUAAUAUGUGGUCUGGUCAGAAUACUAUGUGAUACCCUUUAGAGGUGAGAGAGCAUUUUUCUCUCACCUUUGGGUCAUUUUUAGAUAUAUUAUGACAUGCAUACACCAUGACAUAAUAGACCAAUCCCACCUCACCGUUAAGAAAACUCAAUAUAUGAAUAUAUGUAUAUUUUAGAUCAGACCAAAAUAUUAUUUAUAUAUUUUGGUUUCAUUCUGCCUUCAAAUAUGUGUAAAAGCUGGCAGGGAUAGUGUUGUAAUUGUUAACAUUUUGAUACAAUACAUUACAACAACUCAGUAACAGCAGAAACUGGCCUUCCUUUAAAACAAGGGGUGCAAGCAUAUGUAAAUAGAUAGUGGGACUUUAUCUCAACUUCCUGGAAGCUCUGUUUUUCUUCCAUGGCAUAUUUAUAUACCAUAAAGUGUUAAGGCCCACCGUCCUACAUUAUGGCCAAGUGAGAUAUCUGCCUGGUUGCAUUUGCUUUUUAUUUAAAAGAAAAACAAGUUAUAUCAAUGUGCACUUUAGAUGUAACAACACUGGUGUUAGC